AUGGCUGGUUUGGAUUUAGGAAGCGCUUCACGCUUUGUUCAAAACCUUCACAGACCGGACUUGCACUUGCAGCAGCUUCAUCGCGAUUCGGAGGAGCAAGAGACGCCGCCGCAGAACCGCGGAACGGCGCCGUUCGACGACGAUGACCCAAGCCAAGGAUUGGACCUAGCUUCGGUGGGUCCCGGCGACGUGGUCGGUCGGCGUCCACGUGGAAGGCCGCCGGGCUCCAAGAACAAGCCGAAGCCGCCAGUGAUAAUCACGCGGGAGAGCGCCAACACACUCCGCGCGCACAUCCUUGAGGUCGGAAGCGGCUCCGACGUCUUCGACUGCGUCACCACCUAUGCGCGCCGCCGUCAGCGUGGGAUCUGCAUCCUCAGCGGUAGCGGCACCGUCACCAAUGUAAGCCUCCGCCAGCCAGCCGCUGCCGGCGCCGUCGUCACGCUCCACGGUCGCUUCGAGAUUCUCUCCCUCUCUGGGUCCUUCCUCCCGCCGCCCGCUCCGCCGGGGGCGACCAGUCUCACCAUCUACCUCGCGGGAGGGCAGGGCCAGGUGGUUGGAGGAAACGUGGUUGGAGAGCUCACAGCGGCGGGGCCGGUGAUCGUCAUCGCCGCGUCGUUCACGAACGUAGCCUACGAGAGGCUACCGUUAGAAGAAGAAGAACAGCUUCAGAUUCAGCCACCUGCUACGACGUCGUCUCACGGCGUUGGAAAUAACAACGGCAACAAUAACAAUAACAACCCAUUCCCCGACCCUUCUUCGGGACUUCCCUUCUUCAAUUUACCUCUGAAUAUGCAGAACGUUCAGUUGCCCGUUGAGGGUUGGGCGGGAAACGCUGCUUCACGUCCACCACCAUUUUGA